AAAAUGAAAGGGGUGGGUCUUUGGUACAUCACCUGAGUCCUGGGGUAAAUGGAAAGAGCGUCAAUCAAAGGCAGAGCUCUCAGAGCUGGGAAGGAGAUCUAGAUGGCGGCUGAGCCUUGGAGAGGAGAGCGCAUUGAGAAUCGCCGAGCCUCUCCAACACUUUGUGUAACUUUUAGCAACUUUUAGGCCGCCGCAGGGGCCAUUGGGAGACUUUAUUAGCGAAUCUAGAUCGCUUUCGAGUUGUUACAUUUGUGAUUUAGCAAAGCUUUUUUGUUUAAUUUGUGUGGCUUUAUCGAGAGGAGAAUUACAGUACACUAUGUGCGAGUCGUUGUUUUCCAGCUUAAGCACAGGCAGCCAUGACGCACCACCAUUUUUAGUGCGCUCUGCCUAGGGUGCUUCUACGCCUCUUUAUUUAAUUAAUUUUCUUUUCCGAUAGCAUGUAAUUUUUAUUUUUGUUUUAAAAAAACAUCCGUUAAGCGAUAUAUGCUGAAAACUAAAUAUUUGCGUUUGCGGACCCCAGUUACGGAAUAAAGAACUUCAUUGACGAGUGGGAAGCAACACUGCAAUCUACCUGUCUGUACAUGGAAUAGUAAAAUACCAGGACACGAGAGCAUCAAAAACAAGUGUACAGGAUAUAUAAAAUGAUGAAGAAUAAGAACAGCAAGCGAGAAGACGACGGUUCGACCCAAAGUAAUGCAUCAAGCAACUCCGCUUCUGAGGAAUCGAACCACUCGGCCUCGGAGUCGGGCAGUCAGUCCGAGAGCGAGCGGGGCAGCGAGCGGGGCAGCGACUCCAACAGCAGCUCCGAGUCCGAGAGCCAGUCCGAGUCCGAGAGCGAAUCGACGGGAUCCAAAUCCCAGCAGGCCACCUCCGAGGUCAAGGAUAAGCCUGUCAGCAGGAAGGACAGAUUAGCCGAUGUCAAGAAGAUGUGGGAAGAACAUCCAGAUGUUUAUGGGGUCAGGAGAUCGAACCGGAGCAGACAAGAGCCUGCUCGACUUAAUUUUGGAGCUGAGGGUAGCAGUGAAUCUGAAAAUGAAAGUGGUAAAAGAAAAGGACUGCGGCAGACGAAGAAAGAAAAUACCUGGAAAGAUGAUGACUCUAAUGACGAAGAAGAUGAUGAUGAUGAUGGUGGUGAUGAUGAUGAUGAUGAUGAGGAGGAGGUGGAUUCCAGCAGUUCAGAGAGUGAGCAGGAAGAGAAAAAAGUUAGAUCCAGACGCCCACCAGCCAGAAGAUCACAGACCAGGACCUCAGCCAAAAAGCAACAGUCCCAGCGGGGCAAGAAACGAAAGAAACAGGAGUCGUCCGAUGAAGAUGAGGAGGAGGAGGAGGACGACGACACCCCCAAGAGACAAACACGACGGCAGGCAGCCAAAAACGUCAGCUACAAGGAGGACGAGGAUGACUUUGAGACUGACUCCGAUGACCUGAUUGAAAUGGCUGGGGAGGGAGCAGAAGAGCAGCCGGAUGACAGCGAGACCAUUGAAAAAGUCAUGGAUGUCAGAACUGGAAAAAAAGGAGUCACGGGUGCCUCAACGACAGUAUAUGCCGUGGAGGCGAACGGAAAUCCAUGUGCAGACUUCGACCUGGAGAAGGAUGAGGGCGAAACUCAGUAUCUCAUUAAGUGGAAAGGCUGGUCCUACAUCCACAACACCUGGGAGAGCAUAGACUCGCUCACACAGCAGAAAGUUAAGGGCCUGAAGAAGCUGGAAAACUUCAAAAAAAAGAAUGAAGAAAUAAACUAUUGGUUGUCCAAAGCUAGCCCAGAAGAUGUGGAGUAUUAUAACUGCCAGCAGGAGCUGACUACAGACUUGAAUAAGCAGUUCCAAAUAGUGGAGCGAGUAAUCGCAGCAGUGAAGACUGGGAAAUCAUCACAGUGCCACUCAGAUUUCCCAUCCCACAGCCACAAGACCUCCUCCUCCUCCAAUGAGCCAGAGUACCUGUGCAAAUGGAUGGGGCUUCCUUAUGUGGAGUGUAGCUGGGAAGAUGGAGCCCUUAUUGGAAAAAAGUUCCAGCAUUGUAUAGACAGCUUUAACAGCAGGAACAGCUGCAAAACUAUCCCUUCUAAAGACUGCAAAGUGUUGAAACAGAGGCCACGGUUUGUUACAUUGAAGAAGCAGCCAUCCUACAUCGGAGGAGAGAACCUGGAGCUUAGAGAUUACCAGUUAGAUGGGUUGAACUGGCUGGCUCACUCGUGGUGCAGGUGCAACAGUGUGAUCCUGGCUGAUGAGAUGGGGCUGGGGAAAACGAUUCAGACCAUCUCCUUCCUGUCCUACCUGUUCCACCAGCACCAGCUGUAUGGUCCCUUCCUGCUGGUGGUGCCUCUGUCCACCCUGACCUCCUGGCAGAGGGAGUUUGACAUCUGGGCGCCGGACAUGAAUGUAGUGGUGUACCUCGGGGAUGUCAUGAGCAGGAAAACGAUCCGUGACUAUGAAUGGAUACACCCGCAGACAAAGAGACUGAGGUUCAAUGCACUUUUAACCACGUAUGAAAUUCUACUGAAGGACAAGGCUGUGCUGGGUAGCAUAAACUGGGCCUUCCUGGGAGUUGAUGAAGCCCACAGACUGAAGAAUGACGACUCCCUGCUGUACAAAACCUUGAUCGACUUCCGGUCCAACCAUCGGCUUCUCAUCACAGGGACGCCGCUGCAGAACUCGUUAAAGGAGCUCUGGUCACUGCUGCACUUUCUCAUGCCUGAAAAGUUUGAUUCGUGGGAGGACUUUGAGGAUGAGCAUGGAAAAGGGAGGGAUAAUGGCUACCAGAGUCUCCACAAAGUCCUGGAGCCUUUCCUCUUGCGCCGGGUCAAGAAGGACGUGGAGAAGUCCUUACCGGCGAAGGUGGAGCAGAUCCUGAGGGUGGAGAUGUCAGCCCAGCAGAAGCAGUAUUACAAGUGGAUCCUGACCAGGAAUUACAGGGCUCUCUCCAAAGGCGCGAGGGGCAGCACGUCGGGUUUCCUGAACAUCGUCAUGGAGCUGAAGAAGUGCUGUAACCACUGCUACCUGAUCAGGCAGCAGGAAGACGAAUAUACAUCCCAGCAGGAACGUCUGCAGUGCCUGGUCCGCUGCAGCGGGAAGCUGGUGCUCCUUGACAAGCUCCUGACGAGGCUGCGGGAGAGAGGCAACCGCGUCCUCAUCUUCUCCCAGAUGGUUCGGAUGCUGGACAUCUUGGCAGAGUACCUGGCCAUCAAGCACUACCCCUUCCAGCGCCUAGAUGGGUCGAUAAAAGGAGAAAUCCGAAAACAAGCACUUGAUCACUUUAAUGCUGAAGGCUCGGAGGACUUCUGCUUCCUGUUGUCCACUCGAGCUGGUGGCCUGGGCAUUAACCUGGCCUCUGCUGACACCGUGGUCAUCUUUGACUCUGACUGGAACCCCCAGAACGACCUGCAGGCUCAGGCCCGGGCGCACAGGAUCGGCCAGAAGAAACAGGUAAAUAUUUAUCGGCUGGUAACGAAGGGGACAGUAGAGGAAGACAUCAUUGAAAGAGCCAAGAAAAAGAUGGUUUUAGACCAUCUGGUCAUCCAAAGAAUGGACACUACUGGACGCACGGUGUUGGACAACAACUCGGGAAAUUCAAAUUCAAAUCCAUUUAACAAGGAAGAGCUGAAUGCCAUUUUGAAAUUUGGAGCACAGGAUCUUUUCAAGGAGCCAGAGGGGGAAGAGUCUGAGCCACAGGAAAUGGACAUAGAGGAGAUCUUGCGCUUGGCUGAGACCAGAGAGAGUGACCAAGCAGUGAAUGCCACAGAUGAGCUGCUCUCACAGUUUAAGGUGGCCAAUUUUUCCACAAUGGAAGAGACGGCCCCUGAGCUGGAGGAGAAGCCCUCCACAGACUGGGACGACAUCAUCCCCGAGGACCAGAGGCGCAAGAUGGAGGAGGAGCAGAAGCAGAAGGAAAUAGACAUGUACAUGCUGCCCAGGAGCCGGAGCUCCACCAAGAAGGCUCAAGCGAACGACAGCGAUUCUGACAUCGGUACCAAGCUGAAACAAAGGUCUUCUGGAUCAGAGAGCGAAACGGACGACAGCGACGAUGACAAACGGCCGAAGAGGAGGGGCAGACCCCGCGCCCGGAAGAACAACGUGGAGGGGUUCACGGACACCGAGAUCCGCAGGUUCAUCAAGGCUUACAAGAAAUUCGGAGCUCCUCUUGAAAGACUGGAGGCCAUUGCUCGUGAUGCUGAGUUGGUGGACAAGUCUAUUGCUGACCUGAAGCGUUUGGGGGAGCUUAUUCAUAACAGCUGUGCAGCAGCUGUACAGGAGCACGAAGAGCAGCUGAAGGAAAACCCUAGCGAGGCUAAAGGCCCAGGGAAGCGGAGGGGUAUUACCAUUAAAAUUUCAGGAGUCCAGGUCAAUGCCAAAUCCAUCAUUCAGCAUGAGGAGGAGUUUGAGCCAUUGCACAAAGCCAUACCUGCUGAACCCGAGGAAAGGAAAAAGUUUCAGCUGACGUGUCGUGUCAAGGCGUCCCACUUUGAUGUGGAGUGGGGUGUGGAGGAGGACACUCAGCUUUUACUGGGCAUUUAUGAGCACGGUUACAGCAACUGGGAUCUCAUCAAGACCGACCCAGAUCUCAAGCUGUCCAGUAAGAUUCUUCCAGAUGAUCCUGAAAAGAAGCCACAAGGAAAGCAGCUGCAGUCAAGGGCCGAUUACCUCCUCAAGCUGCUGAAGAAGGAGCUGGAGAACAAGGAUGCUUCCAAAGCAGGGGAGGAGGCCAAAGUAAAGAAGAGGAAGCCAAGGGUGAAGAAGGAGAACAAGGCCCCCAAAGAUGAGCAUGGAAAUGAAAUCUCCUCACCUCGGCUCUCUGACAACCCGUCUGAGGAGGGGGAGGUCAAGGAUGAUGGCACUGAAAAGACCGCUUCAAAGAAGAAGCAGAAGAAGAAAGAUAAUAAAGAAAACAAAGAAAAACAGGGAACUCCCAAAAAAGAAAAGGAUGGGGACAAAGACAAAAAACGCUCGAAGCCGAAAAAAGAAAAGACCAAGUCAGGAGUGAAAGGGAAGAAGUCUCAGGGGCCUGUGCACAUCACUGCGGGCAACGAGCCUGUGCCCAUUGGGGAGGAGGAUGACGAGCUGGACCAGGAGACCUUCAGCAUUUGUAAGGAGCGAAUGCGGCCGGUGAAGAAGGCCCUGAAACAGCUGGACAAGCCUGACGAGGGCCUGUCUGUUCAGGAGCAGCUCCAGCACACACGCACCUGCCUGCUGAAGAUCGGAGACCGCAUCACAGAAUGCCUUAAAGCUUACACCGACCCAGAGCACGUGAAGACGUGGAGGAGGAACCUGUGGAUUUUUGUGUCUAAGUUCACUGAGUUUGAUGCCAGGAAGCUUCACAAGCUCUACAAGAUGGCGCAGAAGAAACGAUCGCAGGAGGAAGAGAAGGAGCAGAAGAAAAAGGAAGACUCCUCGAGCAGUAAAAAGCCCUUCAGGCCGGAGCCCUCUAGCUCCAGCCGGGACUCCAUGGGCUCCCAGCCCUCCCAGAAGCAGCACCUGGCUCUGUCCCACCCGUCUCUGCAGCCCCCCCUUCACGGGCACCACCGGGACCCCUACAACCCGCCCAGCAAGAGGCACUUCGGAAGCGCAGACCGGGGAGACUGGCAGCGAGAUCGGAAGUACAGCUACCCUGGAAACAGCAACCCGUCGUGGUCGGGCGACCGGCAUCACCCCUACGACCAGCAUCGCUACAAGGAUCACCACUAUGGGGACCGGCGCCCUCACGGGGACCCCUACAGGAGCUCCGGUAGCUACCGCAUGGGGGGCUCCCCUCGCAAGCGGCCGUACGAGCAGUAUGGCAACGACCGCGACCACAGGGGGCACCGGGACUAUUAUGACAGGCAUCCUGACCCAAAGCGAAGGCGCUCGGAUGAAUUUCGGCCCCAGAACUACCACCAGGCCGGUGGCCACCCGCAGGACUUCAGAAGGAUGCCUGACCACAGGGCUCAGGGCAAUCACGGUGCCGGGGUGCCCGACCACUACCGCCCCUUCCACCCUGACAAGCCUCCUCACAUCACCUCCGCCCUGAUGGACCCCCGCUCCCCUCCGUCCCAGAAAUCUCCACACGACUCGCGCUCGCCGCCCGAAAGGACCGGAGACCAGAAAAACACCCCUGAUUUCAGCUGGAAUGCCAGAAAGACAUAAAGAGGGCUGCGGGAUUGACUAAACUUAAGGAACUGAAACAGCAUAAUGGAGGGAAAGAUACAUGCUGCUAAGUUUAAUGCCAGUCACGGUUUGACUUUCAAAUCAGACUUUCCUUUGCUGUGGAGCGGUCAGCUUCCUUUGCUGACCUGAGAGACAGACACAACCAUUGUUCUUUACCAGCAAACACCCCCCCUUAAGUUUUCAACGCUUUCAGAUAACAGUAACUGGGUACGUGACGGGCACAGACGAAGCUUAAGAGGGGGAUGUUUAAACAGCCUGUGCCUGGGUUCAGUCACUGGCUUGUGCUGCUUACUGCGCAGCAGAUCAAAAACUCUUACCAUGGUCAGGAACAUCUUAAAGACGCAAGCUCUGUGUAUUUGCUAAGACCAAGAAGGAUGGCAACGUGUGGUUAGGCCCAUGGACUGUUCGGGAGAUGGUGGAUUUGCCUUUAUUCGUGGGCUGGGUGCAGAAUAUGAAAGUGCCUCAAGCUCUUGGCUCUCGACUUUUAGAUGGCGUUAGGUUGGACGUCACUGCUGUCUUUCUUAUACAGUUAACAGGUUUCCUAGAGCUGUUUUCUUGUGUUUCUUUUCCAUACAUGUUAUGUAAAUGAUCAGGCUUGGAGGCACCAAAUUGUUUGUCCAGCCUUCCAGUAUAGGUGUUUGUAAUGUUGAGGUCAGCUGAAUGGGGAAGGAAAAGAUUGGGAACUCGUUACAGUUUGAUUUAAGGAUGUGUUGAAGAAGUACGUAUACAGAAUGUAUAAGUAUGUGUUUUGCUAAAGGCAGAUGCAGUGUUUUUCAUUUCAUACAUACUGUUUACGAUAUGCACCUUAUUUAUAGACUAGUGAGGAAAAAUAUUGAUCGACAAAAGUUGUAAUAUGCACUGCCUCUGUCCUUUAUUUCAAGAAAAAAAAAAUCAUUUUCUUUUUAUUUAAUUAUCUGAGUUACUUUCCAUCCUCUGGAAAGUGACUUUUUCCUAUGGCUGACCUCAGAACUCUUACGCAUUUUCUGCACUUUCUUGUUAUUAAGCUACUAUUUCUUCAUUCUGAUCAAUUUAGAAAUUCAAUGUUGUAAGCCCAAGCUUGUUAAUGAACGUUAAGUUUAACAAGCAUAUACUAACUAACCAGUAUUUGUGGUUAACGCAGACCAGUUACCAGAAAGUAAUAGACACUAUAAAUCUGAAGAGAACUUAUUUCAGGACCAGUUACAAUAUUUUUUUAAAAAAAGAUCUCGCACUAUAAUGUUUGGUGUAUAUAUUAUAUAUACACUCACAAGAGCGCAUUUAUUAUAAAAUAACAGACAAUGCUCUUCUGCAUUCUACUGAUAAGCUGUUUUUAUACCCAGUUAAUUUCUCAGGUAUGUAAAAGAUGAGCCAUUAUGAUAUCUUUGCAUACCGUGGUCAAAAGAACCAAGGUACUUUGUUCAGUUCCUCUCACACGAGUGAGCACAGUGUUUGUUACAUUGGUAUGUAACAUGGUUGUAAUUUAACUAUUGCAGGUAUUUCUGUAAAGUAUCAACUCACAAAGCAUUAGAAUUUAAAAUCAUCCUCAAGGUGAGGGAUAUUUUGAGAUUUACAGAACUUAAUCGUAAUGCUAUUAAAAAAAACAUUUGAUCUUCCAAGAAAAAGUAACAAGAUUGCCAUUUUGUUUGUGCUGGCUGCAUUUUUCAGUAUUGAAAAUCAAACAACCUGGUCAAAGCUUGGAUGAAGCACAGAUAGGAAAAGUUGUUCUGAAGUUGAGGUGAAAGGAAUAGGCAAUUGCUAACCUUAAGUAAAUUGAAGUGCCAUAUUACAUACAGCCCUGACCAGGUUAUGUGUUGCGUGUUUGAAGUUGUAGUGUGCUUUUCCAGCUGUGCCUUAUAUCCUGUGGUAUAUUGUCUUUAGUGUGUUCUAAUCAUAUAGUCACAAUACAGAAAUGAUACAAUAUGUAUAGUCGUGGUAACAUUUUCAUUCAUAUGGAAACAUUUUCGACAACGGCUAUGUGACAAACUUCAAAGGAUUAAGCAAAACCUUGUAGAUACCACCUUGUUUCUGCAGUUUUCCAAAGAUUUAGGAAUGGAGAGUCUUGAACAUGAAUUCUACAGGAUAGCUCUUCCCAGACCUGGUAAAAACUCUUGCAUUUGCACAGAAGAAUCAGCAUACUACAUCUUCUCGGCAGAAGAUCAUGGGAAAAUCCUAUUGUAGGAAAUGAAAACAAGUCUUUGCCAAUAGAUCCUUCUUUCUUAUUUUUUUCUUUUCCAGAAUUACACAGAUGUGUAUUAUUCUUUAAAAUAUCUUUGAAGAAGAUAAAAUAAUUUAUAUUUGUGAAAAGGCCACUGUUCAAGUGAGUUUUGCUGUAAAUAUGUUGUUUAUAGUCCUAUAUGUAUUAAAUUUUCCUACAUUGUAAAUCAUUGUCCUUUGAUUUAUUAAAAAGAGUUCUUGGGA